CGGCGCCGCGCCGGCCGCGCUCGGGACCAUGAGGAGCUCCUGCAGAGCCGGCCUGCACAGGGACCCGCUCGGCGCCCCGGCCUUCCUGCAAGCGAAACGGGUCUCUGGGAUGCACCUAAAGCCAUAUCUCAAGUUACAGAAGAAAGAGCGAUCUCCAGAAAUAAGCCAGGACUCGCUGCGAAGCCCCCCUAUGAGCCAUCAGCGAGCCCCCCAAGAGGAAAAAUACGCCGACAGCUGCACCAGACUGAGYGCUUUCCCCAGAGCCGCCCUCGUGCCUCCAUCCCGAAAGCUGCUGGGACUUCUUUAUCCGAAUACUAUGUGCAAUAUGAGCGGGAAAGCUCCGGCAGACGGCCCGAGCGCCAGGGAGAAGAAGAGUGGCCUGCCUGCCACGAUCCACCAGGGCGAGGAGGGGGACGGCCCGCUGGACGUGUGGGCCGUCGUGAAGCCGGGCAACACCAAGGAGAAAAUCGCCUUCUUCGCCGCCCAGCAGGGCAGCGGCGGCAGCCGUUUCGGCCCCGUGAAGCUCAAGAGCACGUGGGAUAUCGACGGGCGGGCGGCGAAGCGAAGGAAAAAAUCGGUGGACCUUAAAAAAGCCAAGCUGCAGCUGGAGCGGGUGCGGGAGGCGAGCGCGCGGGGCGCCCCGCCGGAGCCCUUCGCCUGCGGCAUCGAGCACUGCUCCGUGCACGGCGACGGCGGCGGCGAGGGCGCCUUCGCGGGCCGCGCGCUCUCCGUGGCGGAGAUGGUGGCGUUCCUGGAGCAGCGCGCGGGCGCCCUGCUGGCCGACUGCGCCAAGCCGUGCUCCGCGCAGGGCCGCGGCGAGGGGGCGGCCAAGGAGCCGGCCGCUCUCGCCAAGCAGCACCCGCACCCCGCUAGGAAGGAGCCCUUAUGCAUCAGCAUAGCGGCCUGCAAGACUGAGAAAGGGUGCGGGAGGGAGAAGCUCUGGAACUCCAGCUCCGGCGAGGAGCCGCUCCCGGGGAGGCUGUUCUUCCUCCAGAGCGACCAACCUGCUGCCCAAGAGCCACAGGCGCUGAGGGAAGGCGGCCAGGAGAAGGCGGGAGCCGCCGCGCAGCGGGAGGACGCGCCGGGAGCCGGGCAGCCCCGCGGCGCCUCGGCAGAGCCGCUCGCCCUGCCCGCUCCUCCCGCGGACGGGGCUUUGCCGGGACUUGACGCCUCCUGCCUGAAGCGGCAGGUCUCGCACGACUUCCUGGAGACCAGGUUCAAAAUCCAGCAGCUCCUGGAGCCGCAGCAGUACAUGGCCUUCCUGCCCCACCACAUCAUCGUCAAGAUCUUCGGCUUGCUGCCCACGCGGAGCCUCGUGGCCCUCAAAUGCACCUGCUACUACUUCAAGUUCCUCAUCGAGUACUACAACAUCCGCCCGGCGGAUUCCCGCUGGGUCCGCGACCCUCGCUACCGGGAGGACCCCUGCAAGCAGUGCAAGAAGAAGUACGUGAAGGGCGACGUGUCGCUGUGCCGCUGGCACCCCAAGCCCUACUGCCAGGCGCUGCCCUACGGGCCGGGCUACUGGAUGUGCUGCCACCGCUCGCAGAAGGGCAUCCCGGGCUGCAAGCUGGGCCUGCACGACAACCACUGGGUGCCCGCCUGCCACAGCUUCAACCGGGCGCUGCACAAGAAGCCGCGCGGAGCCGGCGCCGACRCGGAGGACGAGGGGUAAGGAGCGUCCGGAGCCGCCUCUGCCGCCCUGUGCUGUUUACAGUGUACAUAGAGUGUUCUCACAGGGCCACCAAACUGCACAUCCCCAAACACGAGAGCCUUGACCUGGUAGGGGAGAGCGAGCUUUUAGUCCACCUCUGUAAAUAACACUAUAAAACCCAGUUGUACAUAGGGAGUCUCCAGCUGGCUGAGCAGCGUCCUCACUACAAUGCAGCUACCGUGGUGUUGCAGCUAGAGGUGUGCGUGUGUGGUUUUAAGUGUCUCGUUUCCAAAAAAUCUGUAUAUCCUGUAUAAUAUAUGAAUGUUCCUGAGAGGAAACUCUAAAGAGGUAAAGGUCAACGUGGCUAAAGAACCUUCAAACAAUUUAACUGGACAACCUUAAACCUAGACUAGAACAGAUACAUUUAUAGUAGUGCGGCAGUGGAUAAAAGGAGAGGAAUAUUAUUGUAUAGUCAGAAUAUAAAAAAAAAAAAAGUUCUUGUCUUCCUUAUCCAUGUUGUCUGGUUAUUAUAUUUUUUUUUUACUGUAAUAAAAUGUGCAUUCUAGAUCUGCCUUAUCUGACUUUCUUGUAAAACAUAUAUAUUUUUUUUU